CAGUGCUUCCGGGUGUCGAUGCGGAAGUGGCGCAGUGCUUGUUUACUCCCAGCUGCGUCUCUGCUGUAUUUUAUCGGUAUUUGUGAGCGGAGCGGUCCAGUUGUUUCCACUCCUUGGCUGUUGGAGCUGUCGUCGCGUUUUCAAUGGGAGGUCGCGGACUUCUGGGGAACCAGCCGGACUCCAUAGACUACUCGGUGCAUGAAGCCUGGAACGAGGCUACAAAUGUCUACCUGCUCGUCAUCCUGGUCAGCUUCGGCCUGCUCAUCUACGCAAGAAAAAACAAGAGGAAGAUCAUGCGGAUCUUCACGCUGCCUCCCACCGUCGGCAGCAGCCCGGAGCCCAACUUCUACGACAGCCUGCAGAAGGUGCGGCUGCGGCAGCAGCUUGAGAUGUACUCUCUGGCUAGGAAGUUUGAACAGCAGCAGCAGCAGCAGCAGCAGACUGACAGUGUGCAGCUCUCCAUGGAAUGAGAAACAACGUUUUCAGCCCCUUCUCAUGAUUUCCAGUCUCCCAGACGGAGGUGGACUUGGACUCCUGUCAGGAUCAGAGAUGGUCAGGAGCGGACACAGCUGGAUGGACGAUUGGACAUUAGCAGAGAGUGAAGGCGUGCGGCAUCUCUUCAGCCUGCAGCGGGGAAAGCACAAAUAAGCGAGGGAGAGCGCGGAGAAUUUAAUGGACGUCAAUAUUUUGUUUAUCGUUCAUGUUCUCACACAUUUAAACCAGUGGUUGUUAAAGUAAAGAAAAGAAAAGUGGAAAUGUGUUGUUUAUUCAUGCAUAAAGCCCAGAUCACGACGCUGAUGUGAUGCCAGAGGAUGAGCUCAAAGACGUAACGGGAACGUUCUCCGUCGAACGUGUUCGGUGACCCAACAGCGGGUUGUCCUGGAGAGAUUCUCCACAUCUGCAUUUCGUUUUGAGACUUUUGGUAAUGGACGUGAAGACAUUGUUCAUAUACACCAGGGGUGUCAAACUCCAGUCCUCAAGGGCCGCUGUCCUGCAACUUGUAGAGGUGCCUCUGCUUCACCACACCUGGGUAGAAUAAUUAGGUCAUUAAGGCUCUGGAGAACUGAUCUACACAAGGAGGAAAUGAAGCCAUUUCAUUCCGGUGUUUUGUACCUGCAGCACAGCGGCCCUUGAGGACUGGAGUUUGACAACUGUGAUCUACACGGUCCCUAAAAAUGUGCUCAUCAGUCUCCCUAUGAUAUUCCCAAAAUGACAUUUUGAGAUGGUGUGGACUCAAUUUUUAGAACAUUAAAGCUGUGAAGAGAUUAAAUAUUACUCUGAUUUACUGCUUGCUGCUGUGAUUUUUACCAAGCUCUACAGUAUUGACGAUGCAUCAAUGUAAGGGAUUAUCUGCAUUUGAAGAUCAUUCCUCUUGAGGAGGAUUGGGGUCUUCAGAACAAUGAUUCCAAUACGUGUGUGUGUGUGUGUAUGUAUAUAUAAGCCUAUGUGUGUACUUUUGGCCACAUGUGGAUUACAGGAAGUCUACAUUCAAAUUUAAACAUGUCCAUCUGG